AUGGGUAAGUACGGACGCGCUGAAGGACCCGAAGGGCAUAUCCUGGGAGCACCAAAAGCCGGGCACAUAACGAGGCUCGAGUUCAACAAGCGCCUUGAGAAGGAUGCCGAUGCACGAGAAGCUUUCGAGCGUCAGGUAAGAGAGGAGAAGGAGCGCAGGAAAGCCAUUCGCGAGAGAGAACUCAUGAUAUCCCGAUGCAGAUUGAAUGAGGGUUUUUUCUCUCAUCUGAAAAUUGAGCUAGGAAAACUAAGGUUUGCUGUGUCCAAGACCCAGGAUAUGGAAGACAGAGUAAUCGAGCUGGAAACUCUUGGAAAAAGCCCUGCAGGAAGGAAAGCAUAUGAUAAGAUGCAAUCCGACCUUGUAACAGCAAGGAAAAGCUUGAUAAAGCUUUUAACAUCAGAUGAUGUCAAGGCAACUCUGUUAGACAUGGUUGAGCAGAAUGAGCUGAACAGAUUGUUGUUGACUCUUCUUGAUGAAAAUAUUACAAAUGCAUAUCAGGGAAACCAGGUGAGACGAGUCAUAAACUGA